GACAUGCAUGGUUGUUCACAAGCAACUUGUAUGGAGAAUGAAGUUUGCGUCAACAAGCAUGAUGGAAGUCAUGUAUGUCUUGUAGAAGAUAUUUGCCCGACAAUGGAAUGGAUGUCAUUCAACCACAAGUGUUACCUUUUUCAUGACGAGAAAAUGACUGCAAAUGAGAACUUGAAACUCUGUGAAACAUUUAACGCCACAAUGGUACGAGUCGAUGACGACGCAGUGAGCGAAUUUCUCAACUCAGAAAUGAAGAAAAGGGAAAAUAUAGGAAUAUGGAUUGCUGCCAACGACCGAGAUGUGGAAGGUGAAUGGGUUUGGGGUCCUGGAGAUAUCAUAACCAAUGAAGCGUGGCAUAUAGGUGAACCUAGUGGUAACCACUUGUCUGAUGAAGAUUGUGUCACUUUUUGGCCCUCGUGGAGAGAUAUGAGGUGUUCUGAAACACAUACUGCAUUUUCCGUGUGCGAACAUCCUAAUAUGAUUUCGCCCUAGUCAAGCGCCGUUACUGAGGUCAUACAAAUACCUUAAGACCUCUGUUUUACUCACAAUCUUAUUGAAAAACGUUUGGUGCGGAAUUUGAUAGCCAAGAUUACAUGAGGACUGACAUCUAAGAGAACAAUGCAGAUGAAAAGGAACUCCUGUACAAUUUGCAGACAAUCAUCUCGCAUGUCCUGGGCUAAGAAAAAAAAAGAGAUUGUUGUUGGGGUUUAAAUAUUCUCUGUGUAAAAAACAGUCUAGAGAAACAUUACACGAAAAAAAACCCUGUUUGUUUUGUAAAUUGUGGCUUAUUGUUGUACAUAUUCAAAUUAGCUAAUCCUUCUUCACUCUCCUAUUUGUCUUAUUCAGUGAUUUAGAUUUUUCAAAGUUACCAGACGACCAGAUUGUUAUUAUUAUAAUUUUUAUAUUGGCCUUUCUUUAAAGAUCAAUGUUUCUUAUUAUUAUUUAAUAUGUUCACACAAAGCCGUACACGAUAUACAAUGAAAAGUACUAAAUUCUACAAAAUAAAGAGGCAUUCCUCACCUUCAAAUGCCAGCACACGUCAUAUUCAACAAUGGAUUUACGAAAAAUAAGUCGAUUGUACGUUUUGAUUAUAUUGAUCUGGCAAAAAGACAUGUAACCAAAAGCUUUAGUAUUUCGGUUUUUGGUUUCUAGGAAAUGGAAAUCGCUGAGUUGGACUUUCAAAUUUUGUUACCUGGCUCUACGCGUAUAUUAUACAAAAUUGAGAUGUGCUAGCGAAUAAGGAUCAAUUCGAAUUCCUAGUCGUGGUGUAUUUAUUCUAUGGUGCGGGAUUGAUUUCUCGGCACCAGAAUAAAUGCACCGAAUAACGCGAUAGAGAUAAUCUAGAAUGACGCUCUGCUGCUGUCAAGGAGAAACUUGAAAAAGACGUAGACUCUGAUUAAUAAUAACGAGGACUACAGAGCUGUAUAGUGUGUGUCGCGUGUGUAAAGCCAGAAGAAGAGUUUUAAAAACAGUUAUAAAAGCACAAUUUUAGUACAUUCUUAAUGUCUAGCUCUGUUCUUGGUUAUCGUGGGAAUUUAGUGAAAGGUUUAAGAUAAAUAAAUGAAUAAGUGAUAUAGAGAACUAUAUUGAUGAAACAAUUAAAGGGAAAUUAUUGGAACAUAAAAUUUCGCACGUGCCAUACCUUUGAAGCUAUUCUUUCAACAUAUUCAUAAUCACUGUUGUUAAGCAUUAGCAAGCGUAAACCAAGUUCGUUGAGGUACUUUAAAAUUGACAACUGAGACUGGCAAGUAUUCCAGUCUUUAUUUAGCGUAAGAUCGGAGGAAAUUUAGUCUGUAUCUUUAAUGAGACAAACAGGAUUGCUAAAAAUAUUAGAUAUUUGACCCAUGUGAAAAAUUUCACUGUGUUAUAACAAUUGAUGAUCUCCGAUCUCUUUUAGCGUCCUCAUUUUAUUUGAUGUAUCGCAGAGGAUCUUGUUUUCUUCUUUUGAAUAAAACUUUUUACUUUAUUUUCUCAUAAGGCAAACUAGCUGGAUGUAAUUAUAUUGUAGAACUAUUUGUUUUUGUUGCUUCUA